AAAGAAACUAAGCAGAAACAAGUUGUCUGUUGUUUUUACGAUGGUGUGACAUGUUAUAAAAUUAGUUUUUCUGUUACAUAAAUUCUUUUAUGCAUCUUUAAAAGAUUAGGAAAUGAAUAAUUGUGUAGAUUCUCAAAACAAAGUUGUUCCAUCAUUAUAAAAAAUAGGUGAUAUAAUUAGCAGAAAUUCAUUCCUGAAAUGUCUUUUUGUUGUGUUUAUCUAAUAAGAAGAGGAGCUGUUUCACACACCACUCGAAAAUGUUUGAACAAAUUUCUGAAUAAUUCCCAGUUAAAAGUAAGACUCCAUAAUAAACAUCUGCAGUAUGUUACUCUUUCUCGAGCAUUUUGUUCUUCUGGAAGUACAUCCGGUGGUGGUAGCGGUGACUCAGGUGUAAAGAAUCGAGAUGGCAAUGGAAAGAAAUCUUCGUCUAAAGGUAAUGAUGGAAAUGGUCGCGAUGGCCAGCUGCGAUGUCCUAAGUGUGGCACUCCUUGCAGCCACGUUGAAACAUUUGUCACUUCAAGUAGAUUUGUGAAGUGUGACACCUGUCAGCAUUUUUUUAUUAUUCUCUCUGAUACUGAUUCUAAAAGAUCAGUAAAGGAAGGCCGGCAUCAAAUAUCCAAUGAUAGGACUACUGUUCAGAGACACCCUCCACCACCUCCAAAAAAGAUAUAUGAAUAUCUGGAUAAGCAUGUUGUUGGUCAAGAUUAUGCUAAAAAAGUUCUUUCUGUUGCUGUCUAUAAUCAUUACAAAAGAAUUUUUAAUAAUAUGCCUCACUCAAGUUCAGUAACAAGACAAGAAACUUCAAUGGCAGAUAAUACUCAAGGCUUUACACCCCGAGAUUUGCUACACUUAUCUGGAAUUUCUCAUAGUAAUGCUCUUGGAGUAAGUUUUCAGCAACAGCAAGUAAACCAAGAAAGUGAUGCAAAAUCUGCACGUGGCUCUGAUAUAUUGGAUAAUGUGAGUCAUGAUUUAAGAUUAGAAAAAAGUAACAUUCUUUUAUUAGGACCUACUGGAUCAGGAAAAACCUUACUUGCUCAAACUAUUGCACGCUGUUUGGAUGUACCUUUUGCCAUUUGUGAUUGUACAACUUUAACUCAAGCAGGUUAUGUUGGCGAGGAUAUUGAAUCUGUGAUUGCUAAAUUACUUCAAGAUGCAAACUAUAAUAUUGAAAAAGCCCAACAAGGUAUAGUUUUCUUGGAUGAAGUUGAUAAGAUUGGUGCAGUUCCAGGUAUUCACCAGUUACGUGAUGUUGGUGGUGAAGGUGUGCAGCAAGGAAUGUUAAAGAUGCUUGAAGGAGCCUUGGUUAAUGUCCCUGAAAGAAAUUCUAGAAAACUAAGAGGCGAAACUGUUGUUGUAGACACUACAAAUAUCCUUUUUGUUGCAUCUGGAGCCUUCAAUGGUCUUGAUCGGAUAGUUAGUAGACGAAAGAAUGAAAAGUACCUUGGUUUUGGUGCACCAGUUUCUGAAUCUCCUGGUAGAAGAGCAGCAUCUGCAGCUGACAUUGCCAAUUUCACUACAAUAAGUUCAGCAGCUGAAGACAAUGCUGAGAAAGAUGCUUUAUUACGUUAUGUGGAAUCUCGAGACCUUAUUGAAUUUGGUAUGAUUCCAGAAUUUGUUGGUCGUUUCCCGGUAGUUGUACCUCUUCACAGUUUGGAUGAAAAAAUGCUUGUACAAAUCUUAACAGAGCCUAAGAAUGCUUUAGUUCCACAAUUCAAGAUGCUGUUUACAAUGGACAAAGUUGAACUGGCUUUCACUGAUGAUGCUUUGAAAACAAUUGCUCACUCAGCUAUGGAGAGAAAAACUGGAGCUCGUGGUCUAAGAGCAAUUAUGGAAAAUAUUCUAUUGGAAGCAAUGUUUGAAAUUCCUGGAUCUGACAUAGCAACUGUACAAAUUACUAGUGAAGUUGUCAAAGGAGAUCGACCACCUUUUUAUAUUCGAAAAGUAAAAUUAGAAGACAAAGAAUACUGUGAAAAUGAUAAUAGAGAUAAUCAAGAAAGAGCUGUAAAUACAUAAAAGAGAAAUAAUAUAUUAAAGAUGAAAUUUUAUGAUAUGCAAGGAACAUUAUCACUAGUUAUCUCUACAAAUUUAGUUAAAUAAACAAUAUUUUCUUUUA